AUGUUGUCGAAAUCCCAGAAAUUGCUAUUAGCGCAGCUUGUGAGGGAUAACAAAUCAGUUGUUUUGGCUCCAUUUUCCUCGACUGUAACGAAAAAGGUGAAACAGGAGGCGUGGGAAAGCAUCUUAAGACAACUGAAUGGUGUUGGAGCGAACGUCGACAACAUAAAAACCCUGAGAGAUGUUAUCUGGGCAAACAUUCGCCGUGGUACGAUAAAAAAAGUCAGUGACUCGAAAAAGACCGGUGCAGGAGGGAGUGAACUCACAGAGCUGGACGAUACAGUCCUUGAUAUACUUGGAAGAGAGAGCGCAAACUUGGAGCCUGUGAAGGUUGAAGACACACCAAUUGUGUUUGAGAGUGAAGAGGUUGUCUGCACUACACCUGAGACCGCAGGUGAGAUAAUUUAG